AUCUAACUCGAAUGUUAACCUUUUUGUAACCAUUUAUUCUAUUGUCAAUUUUCUAAAUUAAUAUUCCAGAGCUAGUCAGCCAACAAAAGCAAAAAAAAAAAAAAAAAACAACAAGGUUAUCAAAAUUAAAAAUCUAAAAAAUCAUCUUCCUCCCUUGUGUUAUUGUUGUAAGUUACAACAUCCUAAACUAUUGCCUAAAAUGAGAAUAAACAAAAAGAAAAUCGCACAAAAUAAACAAAUUUUCUUUUUCUUCCUUCUCCCAUCUCUAUCCAAUCAAUCUCUCAAUGAAAUGAUCCCUCCAUUCCCUUGAUUCAAAAUCCAGUAAAAAAAAAAAAAAAACAAAAUACAGUGAUCUGCCAUUUCCAUCCAGGAAAACAACAGCAAAGAAUUCCCUCUCUUCCGCCAUUUCCUUGUCCUUGAAGAACCAUUUUCCCUCUCACAGAGGGAAGAUGGCGACAGAAAGAAUAAGAAAAAAACCAGGAAGAAGAAUGAAAACUCCUUCAUCACUACCGCCAAAUUCAAAACCAAGCUCGACCCAUUACGGCUCGUCGACGGAACCCCAAUACCCAUAUCAUGGAAUGGCCGCCGCCGCCGCAUUUGCCACGUUCCUCUUGCUGAGCUCCAUCCCGUCCUUUGCCGCCGGCGCGCCAUUUGUGCCGGACGACCGAUUCCUAAUCGCCUGCGGAUCCAAGAGCCAGCUCCAACUCCCCGACGGCCGCACGUUCAUGAGCGACGAAGAAGCCAAAGGGUUCCUCAAGAGCGAAGAGAACAAUCUCGCCUCCGUUCCUUCCGCCGACGUCCCUUCCUCUGUUUACCUAAACGCCAGGAUUUUCACCGCCGAGGCAACCUAUAGUUUCACCCUAAAAUCCCCCGGAUGGCAUUGGGUUCGCCUCUAUUUCUACCCACUGAAGAACAAUAACAAGGAUUUGAAAACGGCUAGGUUUACGGUGACGACGGAUAAAUACGUUCUGCUCCACGAUUUCAAUCAGGGGAACGAGACCGCCGUCUUCAAAGAGUACCUUCUACACCUAACAGACCAGAUCUUCUCGAUCCACUUCAAGCCGACGAAAGAUUCCGCAGCUUUUAUCAACGGGAUUGAAAUUGUUUCCGCUCCCGACGAAUUGAUCGCCGAUGAAGGAACUGGGCUUUUCCCGGUGAGCGGAUUCCCUGGCUUGAACAAUUACGGGUACCAGGUUGUUUACAGGUUGAAUAUGGGUGGGAGUUUGAUUACUCCGAAGAAUGAUACUUUGGGGAGGACAUGGGAUAAUGAUAGGCGUUACCUUAAGGCGGAGGUUUUGGCUCAGAAUGUAACAGUCCCAACCUCGGCUAUUAACUAUGGGAAGACGAUUACGCCAUUGAUAGCGCCGCCUUAUGUGUACGCAACUGCAGAUAAGAUGGCUGAUGCGCAAACGAACGAGGCCAAUUUCAAUAUUACCUGGAAUUUGGAUGCUGACCCUUCGUUUAAUUAUCUGAUCCGGCUUCAUUUCUGUGACAUUGUGAGCAGGUCUUUGAAUUCUCUCUACUUCAAUGUGUAUAUCAAUGAGAGAACAGCCAUCGCUUCGCUGGAUUUGUCUGGGCUUACAGGUCAAUUAGCAUCUCCAUACUUCAAAGAUAUUGUGGUGAGUUCUGCGUUGAUAACUAAAGGGCUUGUAGUUGAGAUUGGUCCUACGCAUGUGGAUACAGGAAGUAAAGAUGCUGUUUUGAAUGGUUUGGAAGUGCUGAAGAUGAGCAAUUCUGUUGAUAGCUUGGAUGGAGAGUUUGGUAUUGAUGGGCGGCAAGCUAUAACGAAUCGCAACACGGUUGCAGCUGUUGGGUUUGCGAUGAUGUUUGGAGCUUUUGUGGGUCUGGGUGCAAUGGUGAUGAAGUGGCAUAAAAGGCCACAGGAUUGGCAGAGAAGGAGCAGUUUCUCCUCGUGGUUACUUCCCCUCCACGCUGGUGAUAGUAGUUUCCUCUCCAAGGGUUCAUUGGGUUCCCACAAGUCGAACUUCCACUCGUCGACAUUUGGGUUGGGGCGAUUCUUCUCCCUCGCGGAGUUGCAGGAAGCUACCAAGAACUUCGAUUCGAGCUUCAUAAUCGGGGUGGGAGGGUUUGGAAAUGUGUAUCUUUGUGAGAUUGAUGAGGGCACCAAAGUUGCUGUCAAAAGAGGGAACCCACAAUCCGAACAAGGGAUCAACGAGUUUCAGACGGAGAUUCAGAUGUUGUCGAAGCUGAGGCAUAGGCAUUUGGUUUCGUUGAUAGGAUACUGUGACGAGAACGAUGAGAUGAUCUUGGUUUACGAGUUCAUGUCUCAGGGACCCUUUAGGGACCAUCUCUAUGGCAAGAACUUGCCCCCGUUGUCGUGGAAGCAGAGGCUGGAGAUCUGCAUUGGCUCAGCUCGUGGGCUGCAUUACCUGCACACAGGGACAGCACAAGGGAUCAUUCACAGGGAUGUCAAGACAACGAACAUCUUGCUCGACGAUGCAUUCGUGGCUAAAGUUGCUGACUUUGGAUUGUCGAAAGAUGGGCAGAUGGGGCAGAACCAUGUGAGCACUGCUGUGAAGGGAAGCUUUGGGUACUUGGAUCCAGAGUAUUUCAGGAGGCAGCAGCUGACUGAUAAAUCCGAUGUGUAUUCCUUUGGGGUGGUGUUACUAGAGGCAUUGUGUGCUAGGCCGGCGAUUAAUCCAGCACUGCCGAGGGAGCAAGUGAAUUUGGCUGAGUGGGCUAUGCAGUGGAAGAGGAAAGGGUUGUUGGAGAAGAUCAUCGAUCCUCAUCUUGCCGGGGCUAUCUGCCCCGAAUCGAUGACCAAAUUCGCUGAGGCUGCGGAGAAAUGCUUGGCUGAACAUGGCGUGGAUAGGCCUAGCAUGGGAGAUGUGUUGUGGAACUUGGAGUAUGCAUUGCAGCUUCAAGAGCAGUUCUUACAAGGGAAGAAUGGAGAUGAUAAUGGGGAUAAAGAAUCUCCAACAGGAGCACCUGGUGCAGCUCCUGCUGCUGCUACUACUGUUCCUAUUGCUGCCUCACCAGCUUCAUUGCCACCUGCUGCUCCCCAGACCUCUGAUUCUUCUUCUUCGCGGGAUAAGGAGAAUCAGAAUCAAGGAGGGCCAAGUGAAGUUCCUGCCAUUAGUGAACACUCUGGCACUGCCAUGUUUGCACAAUUCUCUGACCUAAGUGGAAGGUAACCCAUAUGCCAUGAAGAUCACCAUCACUUGAUACAUUUGUUGGAGUUGGCAUAAGAUCUACAAAGAAGAUGUAGGAUAUGUAGAAAGGUUUGGAGGGAUCAUCCUCAACAUAUAUAUGGGAAUGGAAUAGUACAUUGCUUGAGCAGAAAGUUUGCUUUUUUCCCCUUGUACACUGGUGUUUGUAUAGUAUGUUUUAUCAAGUCCUUAACACCUUCUUCCUCCUCAUUUCUUUGGGUGAAAUCUUCCUCCUCAUCUUUACUGUUUGAAUAUUCGUAUGAAAUUUGUAACUGGUGACCUACCCUCAUCCUAAUUAUUGUUGUAAAACCUGGUAUGGAAAUGGAUGUGAUCAUAAUUACAUAUGCAUUCAUUCUUCUACUCUUCUUCUCCUAAUUCAGAAGAACCUAGGAUAUGACAGAUUUCUAGUCAUUUGAAUGUAGAACUGGGUCAAAUAGAGACAAGCAAAUGAAAAUGGCAGAUGUGGCUUACAUGUCUUAUUGAACUCUUUUUUUCUUCUUCUUUUAUAAUGAAGUCUUAUUGAACUCUUACAUGUUCUUAAAAAUAACCUUAAUUUAUGAUUGAAUUUUAGGUCUUCUUGUUGUUCAUUAUAGAUCUAAACUAUCAUGAAAAAUUAAAUUCCGUUAUUCCACAUGAUUUUGACGAGUAUGUUGGCCAAGCAAAAAUAAACAAAGUUGAAGCGUUAUGUCCCUCUGUUUAUCAAGAAGCAAAUUAGGCUAUCAUAGAAUCCAAUCUUUGCCCUCUUGAUUAUCAAUAUUUUUUUUAAUGAAUUCGAUAAUCCUGAGAAAAAUUAUCAUAACCAAAUACAUCGUUUGAAGACGUGACCAGGAUCGUAGUAUCUAUUUCAUAAUCAAUAGGUCAAAUUACUUAUACAAUUAUACUAAAAUAUGACCACAAUAACAUAGUUUAGAUGGAUCCUUAAAUCUAUUUCUUCUCAUCAAAAUUAGAUAAUAAAUACUGCCUAAUUGCUUAAGGGGUCCAGUAGGCUGUGCACGGGUGUAGCAUAAGACUCCUGUGACCCACCGAAUGUUUCGGCCCCGUUGUUCUCUUCAGUCUCUGUUGGUCUCCGACGUAAAUUCUCUGUUGGUCUCCGACAAGUUGUUCUCGUUGUCGGGUAUAUCAGUGGAAUCAUCGACGGUGGUGGGUAGGCAAAGAAGAGGUCGGAGUUGGAUUUCUCCGUGUGGGUGGCGGCAGGUUGCUAAUCGCCAAUGAGUUUGAUAGGAUAUGUUGGAAAUGUAUAUGAAUAGCUUUGAAAGCUAUAGAGUCUCAAGUGGAAAAACUACCACAUUUGUAGUUUUACUUGGUGAAAUGGGUAUAAAGAUAGGAGCCUCUCUCCUAAGGGCAUGACCCUUGAGGUGACCCACUUUUGUGGGGGAGGGAGGACCUAAUGGACCACCAAACACGCGCGCGCGCCGUCCGUCCGGUCGGUCGCUUCACUUAAGACUACAUAUAUAUUUUUGGAGAAAUUUCGAACGAAAUUAACUAUCUAAUAAUUAAUUAUUAAUCGGUUAUUCUGAGGAAUAUUCUAAGGAUAAUCGACUAAAAAAGGAAUAUUCGAAGGAUAAUCCCUCCGGGUUUAUCUUAACCGACGGUUUUAAUUAAGGAAGUAAUUAUCU